CUGGAGAGAGAAAAUAGCCCGAUGUGUAGGCUAUGAAUUCGAUGCUGGGUGGGUCUACCGUUUUUCAGAAAUCCAAAUAACUCUCGUGCGUAAAGGCUCCUUCACAGUAAAUCAAGAUGUUGGUUCUUGCUGGAAUCGUUUCUCUUCACAUUACCACCAUCAUCCUGCUUUUGGUCGCCACCAUUGAUAAUGCCUGGUGGUUCACAGACACGGUGGCCACGGACGUAUGGGGCCGCUGGGAACUGUCCAGCUCAGUUUGGCAUUACACCAACCUCAAGGGAGAUUUUGAUAAAGAUUACCUCCAGGUAGUUCAGUCCGGGGCAGUGCUGGCCUGCAUCUUCUCCAUCGUGGGCUUGUUUGUGUUUGUGGCACAGCUCUUCACCCUGGGCAAGGGCCAUAGGUUCACAUUCUCUGGGGUCUUGAUGCUCAUCUCCUCUGUGUGUGUCAUGAUCGCCGUCUCCGUCUACACGGACAUCUUCCACAAAGAAGACCAGGGCUGGUACGGACACUCUUUCAUCCUGGCUUGGAUUUCCUUCGCGCUCACCUUUAUCCUGGGUGUAAUCUAUAUUGUACUGCGCAAGAAGAGCGAGUAGAGUAACGGGUGGUUUGAGGAUUAUAAGGAAGGACAGUUUUUAGGAAAGGGAGAUAUGGACUUGUUUUUAGUACGUUUGUUACAGUGCCAGUUUUUACUCAUGAGAAGGAAGGUGGUACAGAUGUGGAAGACCCCAAAAUUGCAUGCACAAUCAAUUCCUAUGCAGAUUACUGCAUGCAUGUACAAAUAGAUUUGUAUUGUUUAAAGAUAUAGUACUGUAUAUUUUAUUGUAUGUUAACUGUUGAACAAUCAGCAAACAAGCUUGGAUUUCCAAUACUGGUUUUUAAGUGAUUUUUUAUUGUCCUUAUAACUGAAGUGUUUUAUAGUAAUUUGUCAUUUUUUAUGAUACAAUUGUAACCAUUUGUCAUGUGUUUAAUUAUUUUAACGAUUGUUUUUUUAAGUGAAUUUUAACAAUUUCUGUGAUUCUGUGUUUUGGUUGGCUGCUAUAUCGAAGUACAUUUUAACCUGUACAAGUGAAAAAAGUAAACCAAGAAUGGAGGUCAACUUGCUGUAUUUAAUAUCACAUUAAAAAUGCAUCAGAUUAUUUUUUUUUAUAUUUUACAAAUCCAUUUGAAUUUAAGCUAUUUCAUUCAGACUAUUCAAUAUAUAAACAAAAUAAAAACACCACAGAAAAAAUAAA